GAAAUAUACAAACACUGACCGUUCACUAUGAAUAGACUAAUAUUUGCCUCUUUGCUUCUUCAUGGAGCAUCACAAACUGGUGAAUGCAUCACAGGAGGAAAAGAAGCUGUAGCACACUCUUAUCCGUACAUGGCUUCACUUCAGUGGAAUGGAAAACAUGAGUGCGGUGGCUUUCUGAUCUCCAGGCAGUGGGUGAUGAGUGCGGCACACUGCUUUCAGGACGGCUGGAUAAGCCAAUCACUGAGAGCGAUGCAGUGAAACCAGUGAAAUUCCAGCGUGAAGGUGGGUCUGACCCAGAGGAGGAUGCUGAUGUGAAAACAGUUGGGUGGGGUUCCUUGAACAACCUGGGAGGACGACCAGACAAACUGCAAGAG